AUGACCGUUAUCCAAUCCCCCUUGGCAGCCCAAGACGCUUCCCUCCCCAGUCUUCGGAGUAAGCCCUCCUUCAAAACCCUCCGCAACGCUCUCGAAAGCCUAGCCAUUCAACCCAAUUCCUGGACCGGAGCUUCCGAUAGCCAAGAUAUCAAAGCCCAGGACCCCAAAAAAGUAAACCGGUAUCUGCUUUCCGUGGUCUCCAGUGAUCUGAGCUGGCUUGAAGAUGGCGGUGCAGAAGAAGCCGUGGUCUCGGAACAGCGAGAGAAGAUCUGGGAGCUAGCGAGCAAGAGGAUGGCUGAGCGCUGUGGCAGAACUGCAAUGCCAGAAAUGACACGCACCUGGCUCAUCCCCUCCUCGCCCACAGAUCUCCAAUUCUCGAUCCGCGAGCCGCCUCUCACGGGCGAUAACCUAGGUUUCAAAACCUGGGGCACCGCUUUCACCAUCGCAAAGCUCCUGGACUCCCUCGGCACCUCCUAUUUCUCUCAUUUACUCUCCAAAUCCCCCUCCUUGCCACAGCCCCAAAUCCUAGAGUUAGGCGCCGGUACUGGCCUAGUCGGUAUAGCCGCCGCCGCAAUAUGGCGUGCUUCCGUACUCCUGACGGAUCUACCUGCUAUUUAUGGGAACCUGACGCAUAAUGCAGGGUUGAAUGAGGAGAUUGUGCGGGAGAGGGGAGGGAGAUUGGAAUGCGAGGUGUUGGAUUGGAAUACGCCUGUACUCACUUCUGACCCGGAUCGGAAAUUCGACAUCGUCAUAGCCGCAGACCCACUCUACGACGAGGAGCACCCGUCGCUCGUCUCGCAGACGAUCACCCAGUUUCUGAAGCGGGACGGCGGGGCGCGCGCUCUGGUCGCCGUCCCGUUGAGGGAUGCCAAGACCGAGGAGAUGGCUGUGAGCUUGGGAGCGCUGAUGGCGAGGCUUGGUCUGGGGUUGGUGGGGCAGGGAAAGGAGGUGUUUUGGGACGAUUGGGGCGAGGGGGGCGAGGGGGGGGAUAGGGAGGGCGUUAGGUGUUGGUGGGGAGUUUGGAGGUGGGGCGUUGUGGAGUAA